AUGUUCGCUAUCAUAGAGUCGAAAAACGCCGAUACGAAAGGUAAGAUGGAAAACACGGAUACGACAUAUCUCAGGGGCAUCAAGCUCUACAGUAUCUUGUCCGGAGUGAUGAUCGCAACCUUCUUGAUCUCGCUGGAUGUGUCUAUCAUAGCCACGGCGAUUCCCUCUAUUACCAGCCAAUUUCACUCCACCACAGAUAUAGGGUGGUACGGAGCAGUCUACCCGCUUACUAUGUGCUCUCUCCAACCUUUAAGCGGCAAACUGAUCACGAUCUUUUCUCUGCGGUGGUCCUAUCUAUCCUUUUUCCUUGUCUUCCUCCUCGGCUCGCUUUUGUGUGGAGUGGCUACCAGUUCAUCGAUGUUUAUCAUUGGUAGGGCGGUAGAUGGUGCAGGAGGCGCAGGUGUAGUCUCCAGUGGUCUGGCUAUCAUUGCAAUAGUAACACCUAUAGAGCAGCGCCCCUUAUUUACUGGACUGGUGACAUCGCUUUAUGCUCUGGGUACCGUUGUGGCACCUAUUAUCGGGGGAGCCUUUACAACCAAUGUGACUUGGAGAUGGUGCUUCUUGAUCAAUUUACCAGCCGGCACCGUGACUGUGAUAACCCUAAUCCUUUUCUUCCAUCCUCCUCAGCAAUCACCCGCAGCAAGGACCGAGACAGUUCUUCAGAAACUUCAGCAGCUGGACUUGAUUGGAUGUGCAUUAUUUGUUCCCGCAAUUAUUAUGGUCUUGUUAGCAUUGCAGUGGGGCGGAAAUAAAUACCCCUGGAAUUCUGCAACUAUUAUAGGACUCUUUGUGGGUUUCGCAGCAACACUGGGAUUGUUCAUCACCUGGGAAUUGAGGGCAGAUCAAGCAAUGAUCCCAUUGCCACUUCUGCGAAGACGAUCAAUCAUCGUCAGUAUUAUUUUUGCCUUCCUAUUUAUGGGUGCAUUUGUGGUUCCUGUUUACUAUCUACCUGAGUGGUUUCAGAUUGUGAAAGGGGCCAGUUCAAUCCGCAGUGGUAUUAUGCUCCUGCCUUCCGUUUCCACUCAAAUCUUUGGCUCAAUUAUAUCUGGUGUCCUAGCGAAGUAUAUCAAGUACUAUAACCCUUGGUUCUUUAUCGGCUCAUCUUUUCUUUGUAUUGCAACCGGCCUCUACACAACUUUCAGUGCAUUUUCCACCACAUCGAGAGAUUGGAUCGGAUUCCAGAUACUACAGGCUCUCGGCUGUGGCUUCGCAGCACAGAUGCCUCUACUUACUAUUCAGAGUGUCCUUAAGAAUGAUCCAAAACUCGUUCCAGUCGGGAUCUCCACUGUUCUGUUUGCGCAGUACUUCGGAAGUUCUGUGAUGCAGAGUAUAGGUGGGUCCAUCUUCCAAAAUAAACUUGACUCGCAACUCCAGUCCUACGCCCAUUUAGACUCCGAUCAGAUAGAAAUGCUGCUAGCGGUGGGGACUUCGAAAGUGCAAGAGACCGCCCAGCAGGCAUUCCCGGAUCGCCUGAGUGCCAUUCUCAUCGCGUACAACGAUGCCAUUACCAAUGUCUUCUAUCUCGCAGUGACAGGGAGUGGGGUAGCCUUUGUUUUGGCUCUUGGGAUUGAGUGGACAAACACUCGGGAAUCGACCGGGGACGACGAAAAGGACUUGCCUGUGGCUUAUGAUAUUAGAGAGCCUUGA